AUGGAUUCUACCGACAUCGAGAGCCAGGCAAAGGCCGGCAUAUCUUCCCAAGAGAUUGAACAUGCCAGUCUUCAGGAGACACCCUCGUUCUCAGCCGAAGAAGAAAAGGCCUUGGUCAAGAAGGUUGAUCUUACCCUACUACCAACGAUCUGGAUCAUGUAUCUGCUUUCGUACUUGGAUCGCACGAAUAUUGGGAAUGCGAAGAUUUCUGGAAUGCAGGAAGAUCUCAAUCUGAGUUCCGGGCAGUAUUCUAUUGCCCUGGUUGUGUUCUUUGUAGGAUAUGUGGUUUUUGAAGUUCCUAGCAAUCUCAUACUUGUUCGCACACGGCCGUCGCUCUUCCUCCCAGGAAUCAUGAUCCUAUGGGGUACUCUAACUUGCGUAAUGGCUGUUAUCAAGGAUUUCAAGCAUCUCGUGGCCCUUCGAGUCAUUAUCGGAUGCGUUGAGGCAGGUUUUGCACCUGGUGUGCUGCUUGUACUGUCCUCGUGGUACAAGCGCACCGAACAAUCCAAAAGAUUCGGUGUGUAUAUCUCAGCAGCUAUUCUUUCGGGGGCGUUCGGAGGAUUGCUGGCAGCUGUCAUUGUGGAUAAUCUCGAGGGUGUUCAUGGGAUCCGAGGGUGGAGGUGGCUGUUCAUUGUCGAGGGUGCCGCGACUAUUGGAUUCGCUUUGAUAUCCCUCUUCAUCCUACCCGACUUCCCUGCCACUUCUAGACGACUAUCUGAACGUGAGAAGAGGGUUGCUGUCGAUCGCCUGGCUACGGAAAACGUCACUGCGGUUACCAGUGAUAGUGAGCGGUUGAGUAACAUCCAAGCCAUCAAGGUAUCGGUCAAGGAUUGGCGCACCUGGGUGUUUGUAAUAGGAUAUAUGGUCAUUGUCGGCUCUAGUACCUUGACCUAUUUCUACCCGACCCUCGUCAAGGGGCUCUUUGGUGAUGCCUCCACCGAAAAAGUCAAUUUCUUAACAAUCCCAAUCUACGGCGUAGCAUUUGUCUGCACCGCCAUCACGGCUUAUUUCAGUGACAAAAUUCCAGGUUGGAGAGGAUUAGUGAUCGCUGUUUGGCUAGCUUUCUCUCUGAUAUGCUCAAUAACCGUUUGCGCGGUCUAUAACUUCACCGCGAGGUAUGUUUUACUGGUCUUGAUGGCGGCUGGUCUUUGGGCCACGAAUGGAGGCACUCUAGCUUAUGCCUCCUCUGCCUUCGCUGGGAUGCAUCCCCAGGCCCGAGGCGUUAGCUUGGCCUUAGUGAAUGCUUUGGGAAAUUUGGCUCAAAUAUAUGGAUCGUAUUUAUUCCCUGACUCUGAUAGUCCGAAGUACAUCAUGGGAUUUUCGGUCAUCUCCACAAUGCUGGCAUUGGGAGUCAUUGUAUUUGGCGCUUUGCAUGUCUGGUUCCGUCGCCAUGCAAAGUCGCUGAUGAAUAAGUAA